GGCGUUUCGCCAUGGCGACCGCUCCUGGGGACGCUUUUUCUUUCCCAGCUUGGGGAUGCCCCUUCCAGGUUUUAUACUCUAAGCAGUGCCGAGUCGAAGGGCGUGGGAGCUCUCUGACCUCUCGCUAUGGGGGAGGGAAGAGGCGAAAACUUCGACGGUGUGAGCACCGACCGCCUUAAACUGGAGUUGCUGGAAGAAAUCUACCAGAAGGAUAUAGUGCAACUCUCAGUGUUUGAAUUAAGACACAAGAUAGCAGAAAUGGAAGCCAAACCCAAUACUGACAAUGAAGGCAGUGAAUGGAAAACCCGUUAUGAGACACAACUAGAAAUGAAUGAUCAACUAGAAAAGCAAAUUGCAUCUCUUAAAGAGAAAAUGGAAAAAUUCCGUGGGAAUCCUUCAGACAGUCUAUCUUCUAUUCGUGUCUAUGAACGAAUGCCUGUGGAAUCCUUAAAUAUAUUACUUAAACAACUAGAAAAAGAAAAAAGAAGUCUUGAAAAUCAAGUGAAAGACUAUGCACUUAAACUGGAACAAGAAUCAAAGGCUUACCACAAGAUCAACAGUGAACGCUGUAAAUACAUAUCUGAAAUGUCUCAGGUCUCUGGCGCACAUCAAGUUUCUAAAAGGCAACAGAUGGAUCAACUGCCUAGAAUGAAAGAGAAUCUAGUGAAAACGGGGAGAUACAAUCCAGUUCAUCAGAAGACAGUGAAUGCCAAGAAAGGACCAGUAAAAAAGAUUAUAAAAUCAAACCACCUUCCAAAACUCAAUCCAUAAUUCCGGAACUGGAUUUGUAUUUCUUCCUUCUUUUUUUUUCCAUCUGUACUAUUCAACUGGUGAAGUUAAUGUUCGAUACAUUUUUCAGGAAUGAAUAGAUAAGAAAGAGCUUCCAAACUUCUCUUUAGCUUUUCUUCCAGAAGUUUAUUCCUUUGUCUGCAUGAAUGCAUUUUUCUCUAGUAACCCUGAAAUAUCUAAUAGAAAUACUUGUGAUUUUUAAAAUAUCUUAGAAAACCUCAAGUUU